AUGGCAGAACAAACCCCAGUGCACUUUUUUGACAUCCUGUCGUCCCUACCUGGUCCGUCCAAAGCGUGGUCUCCUAACACAAUCAAAACUCGCAUGGCUUUGAACUAUAAAGGAGUGCCCUACACGCAAACCUACGUCUCCUACCCAGACAUCGCUCCUCUUCUCCGUGGCCUGGGUGUUCCGCCUCAUCCAGAGGGAGCCCCACAUAUUCCAUACACCCUCCCAGCUAUCUGGCACCCCUCCUACGGAGCUUUGAUGGACUCUCUCCCAGUCGCCGCCCAGAUUGAAAAGCAAUACCCGGAGCGACCUCUUUUCCCGUCGGGUAACGUUAGCUAUGCGCUUGCGGUCGCGGUCGACAAGAUCAUGCGAGGUGCUGCAUUCUCGGCGUAUACAUUCAUACUUCCGGCUAUCGCGGACAUUCUCGACCCGCGGGGCAGAGAGUACUAUAGGACAACCCGAUCGGCAAAACUGAACAAACCUUUCGAUGAAAUUCGACCCACUGAUCAGGCGGUGAUCCAGAACAUGAAGAAUAAGAUGAAGGAGGAGAUGACACCUAUAGUGCAGAUGCUGAAAGGCGGAAGUGGAAAGACCGGUCCGUUUUUCGAGGGUGAUCAGCCAAGUUACGCAGAUUUUAUAGUGGAGGCGUUUUUGAUUUGGUUCAAGUAUGCGGAUGAAACGAUCUGGCAGGAGCUGAUUGCCCUAGGAGACGGCGAGAUCAAAAGAUUGUGGGAUGCUUGCUAUCCGUGGGUUGAAGGGCAGGGUGAGAAUAAAGAAUGGGAAAUCCCCAAGUAG